CGCUACGCCGCUACUCCAUUUCUGUAAAGCGCCAUGGAGUUCAGAAGAGGAGUCAAGUCUCCUUUAGCAGAUGACUCUAAUGAUUGUGGUUUGGCGUUUGAAGAGGUCCGUGCCACUUUGACAAAGAUGCAAUUUACGGACAAGGCGAUUCUUGAUGCUGAGUUGGUCGGGGGGACAGCCAGCAGAAGCUAUGUCAUUUUGGUGGGUCUUUUUGCGGCCCUUGGUGGGUUCCUGUUCGGCCUGGACUUGGGCUACAUUUCUGGCGUGGAGUCAAUGGAGUCAUUUUCUGACGAUGUAUUGCAUGGAGAGACCAUGAGACCAAUCACCACAGGAACAGUGACUGGUAUAUUUGCCCUGGGAGCUGUGAUUGCUGCUUUUCCAGCGGUGAUCUCGUUUGUAGUGGACCUCGUUGGCCGCCGAGGAUGUAUGAUUUUGGGUGGGGCAACAUUCUGUGUUGGCGCAACAGUUCAGGGUGCAGCAUUUACUCUGAACACCAUUUUGUGCGGCCGAAUGAUCGCAGGUUUUGCUGUGGGUCUCCUCAGUGCCAACGUUCCACUUUACCAGGGAGAAAUUGCACCUCCGGAACAGCGAGGGACAAUUGUCGCCCUGUAUCAGUUGGCAAUAACGAUGGGUAUCAUGGUGGCGUUUUGGACGAACUACUGGCUCCAGCCAGAGAAGCAUGGAUGGCGCUGCUCUAUCUUGUUGCAGCUCAUCCCUGGAGGACUUUUUGCCAUGGGAGCGACCUUCAUGCCGCAAUCUCCUCGGUGGCUGGUAUCGAGGAGACGGUAUAAAAGUGCCUUGGAGACGCUCCGGCGCAUACGUGGCAAAAAUGACGACGUGAGGAUUGAACUGGUGGAGUGCUACAAAGAAUACAGACGUGAAAGGUCGACGGGCAAGCCGAAUUAUGUGGAAUUCUUGACUGGAGAAAGUGGAAAGGUUCUUUGUAUUGGCAUACUUUUACAGCUCCUACAGCAGCUAUGCGGUUUGAAUGUCUUCAUGUAUUACGGCCCCACUGUCUUCAAGAAGAUCUUUCACACUCAAGGUGCAUCAUUUCUGUUUGCGGCGUUGUCAGGACUGGUGAAUUUUCUAAGCACGUUUCCGGCGCUGUGCCUGGUUGACCGAGUCGGACGCACAACUCUUUUGCUCUUCUCAGCAUGUGGAAUGACAAUUUGUUGUGUCAUUCUUGCAGCAGUGGGAGAUGCAUGCUUUUCAUCGGGUACAAUCGAUAGCUGCGGUACAAUCUCUAAAUAUGCAAUGGCAGGCGCAGUCUUCAUGGACAUUUUCAAUUAUGCCUAUGGUUGGGGUCCGGUGGUUUGGAUAUAUUGUGCGGAAAUCUUCUCCUUAAAGUACAAGACCAAGGCAAAUGGUUUGACCACAGGCGCCAACUGGGUGGGAAACUUUCUGAUCGGCUUCUCGCCACCUUGGCUAAUGGAAAAGAUCGGUUUCAAGACGUUCUGGAUCUUUGCAGCUAUCAAUCUCCUCGCAGCCAUUGUCAGCUGCAGGCUACCAGAGACCAAAGGCAAGUCCUUGGAGGAGAUUCAGGUCUUGUUUCACACAUGGCUGCAUGGGAAGGAGGUUCCUGCUGAACUCUUUCUUUGUACCGACGAUGAAGUCUCUGAAACUGAUUCAGAUUCGGACUUGUAGCAUAGUAGAUUGUGAGCUCUGUGUAGUCCACUGGUUCGUGA